CUUCUGCAGUAGUUUGACAGUCUCGAUGCCAUGACUAAAGAUCUUGAAGCAAGCAUUUCACCCCACAUGCACGAAGAUGUCAAACACGCGAGGAAUACUUUCUAAGGCGGUGAUUGGAUAAAAGUACUUAUCAAACACGGUACUUCCGGUUCCGUUGAAAACACGUGUUCGUAUUAUGGUGCAAGGGAUGUUUGGCGACAACCGUUAGUCAGACUUAAAUAACCGACGGAAUACUAGAAGCAAGAGUAACAAGGAAUAUGCCUAAGGCACCUAAAGCCAAGGUUGGUCAAAACAAAAAGCCCAUCCACCCAAACAGCAGGAAGGCAGCGGCGUUGUCAAGGAAAGCGUUUCGCGAAGUGCGAAUUUCUCAAGAUAAGUCAGCAAGAAGUAAGCUGGAUGUUCUUGCCGAAAAGUGUGACUGGUUCAGAGACAACUUUGACCCUGACAAAACUGUGUAUACACGGGAAGAGCUGUGUGAACUCAGUAAUCGUUACUUACACAGGUUUGAUGAGGAGAUUGAGCAGAUUGACAUAGUGUCUCGGAUUGGAAACCGACAAGGCAACCAGCAUGCAUCCAGGCUAGCUGCUAUUAAGCUCACCCAAGACAGUGACAGGAACGAGCUGGAGAGUGUUGGACUUGAAGUCCCUGAUUUAAUGAACAAAUCAACCUUCAAUCAGUUCAAACUGUGGGGUGGUGAAACAAAAUAUGCUCAAAAUUUCAAGUUGAAGAAAAUCCACAAAGGUGAUAUAGACAAAGUUGAGGAAGAAACUAAUGUAAACAAUAACAGCAAUGAUGAAGGUGAUUGUGACCAGACCUGAACGACAUUCUGGUGACAAAUGUGUUAACACACUCACCUGUGUAAAUAAGAUGAUACUUGGUGUAUAGUUAGCUGAACCAUGUGUUAAACAUCUGACCUUCAUGUCAGUUCAAAUGAGACAUAUUCCACUUUGGAAAGCUUUCGGGAAGUUGAAUAAACACAAAUCUUGUCUUUAA